ACUUGUAGCUCGCCGUCCUUCUCCAAAACAACCUCCACAACAACACCACCUACACUUCUACUCCUCAUCCAAAUACAAUCGCAAUCAUGGCAGACGGUAUUGAUCGCAAGGCCGAGGAGAGGAUGGAAUUCUCCACCUCGAAGGAUGUGACGGUUAUUCCUACUUUCUCUGACAUGCACCUGAAAGGUAAGAAGCCUUCCUCCCAUUCCAAGUACUACAUUUUAACAAGGAAUAGAAAAUCUUCUUCGUGGCAUCUACGCUUAUGGUUACGAGUCGCCGUCAGCUGUCCAAUCUCGUGCGAUUGUCCAAAUCUGCAAAGGUCGCGACACCAUCGCUCAGGCGCAAUCUGGUACUGGUAAAACCGCUACCUUCUCCAUCAGUAUGCUCCAAGUCAUCGACACAGCCGUCCGCGAAACACAGGCCCUCGUCCUCUCCCCCACUCGAGAACUCGCGACUCAAAUUCAGUCAGUUGUCAUGGCCCUAGGAGAUUACAUGAACGUACAAUGUCAUGCAUGUAUUGGAGGAACCAACGUUGGAGAGGACAUCCGCAAGCUCGAAUACGGCCAGCACAUUGUAUCCGGGACGCCAGGUCGAGUUGCUGAUAUGAUUCGCCGCCGAAAUCUUCGAACUCGUCAUAUCAAAAUGUUGGUUCUGGAUGAAGCUGAUGAAUUGUUGAACCGUGGUUUUCGUGAACAAAUCUACGAUGUCUACCGAUAUCUUCCUCCGGCAACUCAAGUUGUGGUUGUCUCCGCUACUCUUCCAUACGAUGUCCUCGAUAUGACCACUAAAUUCAUGACCGAUCCUGUUCGUAUUCUCGUCAAGCGUGAUGAACUGACAUUGGAGGGUUUGAAGCAAUACUUUAUCGCUGUAGAGAAGGAGGAAUGGAAGUUCGAUACUCUCUGUGAUCUCUACGAUACCCUCACCAUUACUCAAGCAGUUAUCUUUUGCAACACUCGCAGAAAGGUGGACUGGUUGACCGAUAAGAUGCGUGAAGCAAACUUCACUGUAUCUUCGAUGCAUGGAGAAAUGCCACAGAAGGAGAGAGACAGCAUCAUGCAGGACUUCCGUCAAGGAAACUCGAGAGUUUUGAUAUCUACCGAUGUUUGGGCUCGUGGUAUCGAUGUUCAACAGGUAUCUUUGGUCAUUAACUACGACUUGCCAAGCAACCGUGAGAACUACAUCCACCGCAUUGGUAGAUCUGGUAGAUUCGGGCGAAAGGGUGUUGCCAUCAACUUUGUGACAAGUGAGGACGUAAGAAUUUUGCGAGAUAUUGAGUGUAAGUUAUCCUUAAAUCCAGACUUUAAAUCCAAGCUAAUAGAUAAUAGUGUACUACUCGACUCAAAUCGAUGAGAUGCCAAUGAACGUUGCAGAUCUCCUAGCAUAAGGGAGAAUGUCAUUGUAAAAUUAUUAAAAAACAAUCGCUGAGAAAAUGCAAUGCAUUUCUGGCAAGGGAAUCGCGUGGGAGGAAGGGGUGACGCCUAAACAAGUAAGGUUCAUGUUCUAGCUUUUAAUGCCAAAUUUUUGCUAACAUAUCGCCACUUGACCCAGGUCUCAAAUUGAAUCUGAUCAUCAAAAAUAAUUCCUUAUGCCAAUACUCGCGAACCUCGGUAGCUCCUCGUCUACUUACCUUUACAGACAGCGAUCUAGCACUCUCCACCAGGGCCAUGAAUCAAGACGUUCGUUGUUGAAUUGAUGAGUGAGAUGGAUGAUUACUUACUCGGUUUUACGGGGCAGGUCAAUUGAAUGAACUAAUUCUGUGACCUGCCAUUCAGUCGUUCCAUAGAUUUCGACCGCAUUACACAAUCAGACUGGGUUGCGUAAGGUACUAAAGAAAAGACUUCCAACCUUCCGCGGCGGUACCUCAGGAAUAUAGAGUCAGUAAGUACUCGCUAAUAUUUAGGAAAUCAUCCGUUGAUAAAGAGAUAACCCCGAGCAGAAUCAUUAUGACGCUAGAAUUCCCCUAAAUUCCUCCCUAGAUUUCCUGCUGGCAUGACCAGUAUAAUCGAUGAUCCGACAUUAAAGGACAUCUCGAGAAGUCUGUUCAUCGUAGUCUUGGUCAUAAUGUCAUUAUUUUGGUACAAUCAAAAUUUCCCCCUUUUUCUGUUUCUUCCCUUGGUAGUCUAGCUAGACCUCCUUAAAGAGCCA